AUGAAGGCGUUGGGCAAUAUGAAUAAAAGCAUGCUGGACGCAGCGAUGUUGCAGCUGCUUGCCUCACAGAUGAUGAGCCAACAGGCUGCCGUGGCCAAGAUAAAUGGAUCUAAACAUAAUAGCAAUAACCGAACGACGAAGAAGGAAGCGGCACAACUGGCGCUUGACCUUUCCGCCAAGACGAAAACGGAACCAGGACCAUCAUCGGACGGUACCGAAACCCGAAGCAGUGCCACCCCUUCGGAAGGGGUUGGCGGCGAAGUCGGAAAGAAGCGACCACCGGCCACGGAAUCGCAGGCGAGAGUGCCACUGGCGUUAGGGUGA